AUGCACAACCCCCACGCCACGGGCAGGAGGCGGAAGCCGGGCUCACCAGCGGGCGCCCAGAAGCUGACGUGUAGCUUUGUGCAUGGAAUUUGUCUGCUGGGAGGAAAGGCUGACGUUGGUCACUUCCCCUCCAGAGGAAAACACAACAAUACAAGGAAGCACCGAGCGCUGUGGGAAUGUUCCAAAGUGGGAGCUGCGGCUCCUUCCAGAGCGCGGACAGAGGGGAGGCCAGCCUGGAGGUCAGGCCGGCGGAGCGCCAAGGCAGAGUCUGGGAGCCAGUCUUCUGGGUGCCCUCGCCCCUGCUUUGAAGUGAUGUCUCUGCCCAGCGCCACGGAAACCACUGAUGGCGAAGGCGCGUCUCCAUCAGUGCGUCAUCGGAAACGCAGACCGGGGCUCUCUUACGACACACACGUGCACACUCACAGACCCUGA